AUGGACACUGCGGAGGUGAUGCUCUCUGUGUUGGUGGUUGUGAUUAUCAUAGUGUCGCUGCUGUCCAACGUCCUGGUGCUGAUCUGCUUUCUCUACAACCCGGAGAUCCGCAAGCAGGUCCCCGGUCUGUUCAACCUCAACCUCACCUUCUGCAACCUGUUGCUGACCGUGUCCAACAUGCCGCUGACUUUGGUGGGACUUGUCAGUAAGGCUCAGCCGGGAGGGGACGGCUUCUGCCAGCUCGCAGGCUUCCUGGAGACCUUCCUGUCCACCAACUCGAUGCUGAGCAUGGCAGCUCUGAGCAUCGACAGGUGGGUCGCCGUGGUGUUCCCCCUGAGGUACCACUCCAAAAUGCGCCACAGGGACGCGGCUUUUGUGCUCGGGUACACUUGGGCGCACUCCAUGUCCUUCUCCACCGUGGCCACCUGCUUCUCCUGGGUGGGGUACCACCGGCUCUACGCGUCCUGCACCCUGUCCAACCCGAGGGCGAGCAGUCGGACCCAGUUCGUUAUCUUCACCGUCUUUUUCCACUCCUUCACCUUCCUCCUGUCUUUUAUAGUGCUGUGUGUCACAUACCUCAAAGUGCUUAAAGUGGCAAGGUUUCACUGUAAGCGGAUCGAUGUUAUUACAAUGCAAACUUUGGUGUUGCUGGUGGAUAUUCACCCCAGUGUUCGCCAGCGUUGCCUGGAGGAGCAGAAGAGGAGACGACAGCGAGCGUCAAGGAAGAUCAGCACCUUCAUCGGCACCUUCAUGCUGUGCUUCGCUCCCUAUGUGAUCACAAGGAUCGUGGAGUUAUUUCCAGCGGUGCCUAUCAACCCCCACUGGGGAAUUGUCUCCAAGUGCUUGGCUUACAGCAAGGCAGCCUGCGACCCCUUUGUGUACUCCCUGCUCCGACACCAGUACAGGAAGACGUGCACCGACAUCAUCAACAGGCUGCUGAAGCGGAGCUCCUUGAACUCGUCCGGGCGCGGGCACGAGAACCAAGUGCACAGCAUACCCACUGCAGAGUGA